GUAAUUGACGCACUCGCGUGAAGAGAGUCUCAAGUGUGACACUCCUUGCUUUCCUCGCAACAGCUGUUCACAUCGGCCUGUAACAUGCAUUUGUAUCCAUUUGGUCAUCCAACUUCAGUGGACUGUACACACCAUCAUCAUGCUGCACAGAGACAUUGUCCAACCGCUUGACUUUCUGCUGCCGUCCGCCAAAUCGUUCAGAAUGAGAGUACACAUGGCCACAGUCCUUUUGUAUGUCUGCCUUGCCUCUCUUGAUGCUAGACCACGAAGACCGUUCCAGCGAAGACACCUGCGAGCAAGACGUCACAAAGCAGCCGAGAUUGUUAACAGUCACCGAUUUGGCAGAGAUAUCCAUUGCGGAAGACGACCUCUUGAUACUUCUCCCUUGGAUGCCACGGUGAACGGAUGGGACGUAGUGGCCCUAGAACUGCGGCAGUCUCAAGAGGUGGGCUAUAUACCCACUUUCGGCUUGUUCCCCUGGACGGUUGGAAUUGCAGACAUCAGCGGACAGCACUUGUGUGGCGGUGUCAUCAUCAGCGAACGCUGGGUGAUCUCGUCUGCGAACUGCUUCGAGGAACGGAAGGAAACUGAUGUGAUGCUGAAGGUCGGCGACGACAAUCUCGAUAUCCGAGAUGAAGGAGAGCAGAUGUUCGAAGUGCAAGGCAUAUAUAUGCAUGCAGCCUACGAUCCCGAAACUUGGGAUUACGACCUGGCGCUUGUGAAAGUGAAGCCUCACGGACAGAGGGGCAUUCGGUUUGACGACUUCGUGCAGCCUGCCUGUCUGCCUUCUCCUCACACUUUCUACUCGGCCAGAACCAAGUGCUACAUCUCCGGCUGGGAAACAAAGAGAACAAAGGGAAACAAAGGCGGAAAGAGAACUCUUCUGGCUGCGCAAAUACCGAUUUUACCCAGCUGGGAGUGUGGCGCCAUCUACAAUGGGUUGAUAACCCCUCGCAUGCUGUGCGCCGGCUUGCUGACGAAAGGCAUGAACGCGUGUUCCAGCGAGAGUGGUAGUCCCUUAAUCUGUAACAUUGACGGUGUGUUCACUGUACUGGGUGUGACGUCGUGGGGAGCUUCCUGCGACCAGACCCGAGGUUCAGUCGGUGUUUACUCGAGCAUCAGAGAUUUCUUGCCGUGGAUCAUUUCAACCAUGGAGCACCACUAUAUCUGAAACAAAUUCACGCGUGUAAACAUUCGUGUAGACGUGAAACAAUAUGCACAUUUGUACAAAAUGAUGUUAGUACAUUACAUGUCAAGAAGUUCCAGUUCCUAGUUUUACACGAGGAGCUGGUAAAAAUGUAUAAACGUCAGCUGUUUUGUGUAUCAGAUAUUAGACCCAGAGUUCCAGACAUCUACAGGACUUUUUAUAGGAAUGACCUACGUAUUACAGAAAACAAUGGGGCCAACACAGCGGAGUUCACCGUAUCGUGUGCAAAGUAUGAAGGAGCUGAGCUGGCUUUAAGACCUUGUAACAACAUACCCCAUGUCUUAGUGUUUAGUAUGAUACAACCAUCUUUCAAAUGUGCCACUUGGCGUUGAACUAGAGGUCACAUGGAAAAUACCCCAGUUCCCUCCUAAGUCACUCUUUAAAAAAUCCUCAGACGCAUGGUCUUAUUACAUAGUAUUAAUCACCAAUGUCGACUUCAACGGCAAAAUUUUGCAAUUGAGAUGCAUGCCUGUGAACAUUGGAAUUAUCAUCUUUUAUCUCAAAUGGUUCAUCUCCGUUAACGUCUGACUCACUGCCGUUGCACCUCUUUAAACAACGUGGCACUGGCCAUGGGCGUGAGUGAACUCCUAGGUUGACAAUAAGCUGAAACGUAGUCAUUCUCGAUUAUUCUUUGAAGUCUACGUUGUUAAAUAAUUAAAAACAUAAAAAUAAUGUGUGUAUCUCACUAAUGACGGGGUAUUUCCUCUUAAAUUGGAGGUAAGUGUCAUGCUUAUGUAACAUGAUUUAUGAACGACAGGACAUAACCUUUUUUGUGAUCAAGCACUUAUUUAAUUUAAAAAAUAAAUUUAUUAUUCAAAGGGUUA